AAAAAAAAUUCCUGUCAUGGGGAGAGUAGUGGGUGAGUUUGUCUUUCUUCAGGCUGUUGUUGGAAGUCAUUUGUCUGCCAAGACAGUCCUUCAGGUUUGAGGAUGACUUGCUUGCAAUCUGGUUUUAUGGGUUCUGAGAUGGUUAAUGAGGUCAAUGUGGAAAUCGCACACUCUGCGUCACAGAUGGGGCAGGAGGUGCCAGACAGGGCAGGCAGAGCAGAGAAGAGGAGACUCAGGAAGAUUCAAUCAAAUUAGUCUCAAGAAGAAGAGUUUCCUCUGGCUAGAGUGUGGGUUACCAGAGGACAUGGAUUAAAGGUCAUUGACAGGUUUUGGCCCCUUUGGAGAGCACACUACCAAUGCAAGCUGGGUUGCUGUGCAGGAACUACAGAAGCUUGGGUUGGGUGAUGAUGUCAAUCUAUAUGUGUACGAGAUUCCAGUGGAGUACCAGAAAGUCCUGGAUUUAAUCCCUUCUCUGUGGAAACGCCAUAAUCCAGAGUUAUUCAUCCAUGUCGGAGUUUCAGGAAUGGCCACUACUGUGACGUUGGAGAAAUGUGGGCACAACCAGGGCUACAAAGGGUUGGACAAUCGCUGCUACUGCCCAGACACCCACUGCUGCGUUCAGGGAGGGCCAGACUGCCUUGAAUCCAUCGUCGACAUGGAUGUUGUGUGCAACAAAAUCACGGAUCCACAACUAGAUGUGGUCAUUUCUGUUUCAAAGGACGCGGGAAGGUACCUCUGUGAUUUUACCUACUAUACCUCUCUGCAUCUGAGCCAUGGGAGAUCAGCCUUUAUACAUGUCCCUCCACUGGGGAAGCCUUACACAGCUGAGCAGUUGGGAAGGGCUCUCCAAACCAUCAUUGGGGUGAUGCUGGGCAUGCUGGAGCAUUCUAAUGCCAAGAUGAACUGCCUGUUGGAGCACUGAGCUUUCGGAAGUUGGCAAAGGCACAAGAGGACCCAACGUCAACGUCAUAACUUUUCUUUCCAAACUGUUGUGGGGAACUUCCCUGGUCCUAGCUGCCAUUGUAAAGUUCACCUGUUUAGGAGUGGGGAGGGGCAAUUGAGUGGGAGUGGAGCCUGUAACUUGAUAACUACUGUAUUUUCUUUGGGGAUGGAGGGAAAGCACAGAUCUCAUUUAUAGCUUGAAGCCCCAAGAAACCAAGUCAGGACUAAAAUAUUAAGUAACCACUUCUUGGGCUUCUGUAAACCAUAAGAUACACAGAGUGAAUACGACAUUAAGUAUAUGAUUUAAAAUUGUUUUCCAGUUAGUAGUUUUAAUCUGAGCCCGGGACAACAUGAAUAUUUUCAAUUUUUUUGUGUUAAUUUUUUUGUCUCGUUACAUCUCUGAAAGUCUCAGUAUUGUUUCAGUCACAUGUUUCUCCCCUUUGUGUACGUCUUUCAUUCUGGUGUUGAACCACUUUUGAAAAUUUGCAUGCUUGUUUCCUCUUAUUUGCAUUCUCUUUCUCUUACUUUCUCCAUCUCUCUCAUUCUUAUCACUUUCCCUUUCUGCCCUUUUUCUUUCCAUGUCACUCGCACUCUAUUCUUUCCCUCAAGCGCUCACUCUGUCCCUCAGGCAUGUUCUCUUGUUUCUAAGUAUUGUUUUGUUGUGUGGUAUAGUGUGACCAGACAGAUAAUCCCAAAAACUGGACUUUGAACACUCUGCUGAACUUCACCCCAGAGUCUAAAAUCACCGCUCCUGAGGAUGGAUGCACUUAGGCACUUAGAUAUUAUAAUGACUUAAAGAUGUGCUCUCAGCCUAUGUAUGCAAUGUUUGCUUUGUACUUCAGUCGGUCUUUAUUUAGAUUUUGUAUUAAGUAAGGUAUAAGUCAAACUAACCAUAGCUUAAGUAAUUUAACCUAGGUUGACAUAAUCCAAGAGAAGUAAUUUUUAUCUUAAUUUAGCUACUUUAAAACCUUGGUUUUUGUUGUUGUGGAUUUUGAGUUUCCGAGUAAGACUCGUUAUAAAACCCUUAGUUCACUUCCCUUACAAGUAUUACGUCAUUCCCCAUCCCUUCCCAAUGUUUCUAAGGACCUCUUUAUGGCCAUGUUUCUAGCAGAAUGUUAUUGGAGUUUGGUGCUAUUUCUAAAAGCUGUCCAUCUGCCACUUGCUAAGGAAUAGGAUCUUCCCUUGGGGCAGUGCCAGUUUCCCUGGGGGCUGCAAUGUUCUGCAAAAAGCACUUGGCCAUCUGUCUGUUGCAGCACUCCAGCAACUGAUGCUGUUCCUCUCCACUGAGUUUGUGUUGCUCUGUGUUCAGCUGGGUUAGAUGCUAUGGGGGAGAUUGAAGCUGGUUGCACCAUUGCUUUAGGUGGAAAGUUUAGUACCCAUGGGAUGAGUCUUCCUCUGAUUUCUCCUCACCAUCCUUCCUUCCAGAAAAAGUUCUUGAUCCUAUACCCCAAUCUCUGUUCUGCAUCAGUAUAACCAAGAGUGGAGACAAUGGUGUGUUACUGGUUACUGUGCGUUACUGGUGCCACAUCUGAAACUUCAAUGAAACAUGUUCAAAUUGGCUCUGCGUCAAAGACUUUCAGCAGAUGCAAACAUUCCCCAGUGGACUUGUGGCCUGAGGGGGGCAGCUGCUUACAAUGAAAGUUUAAAAAUGAGUGGUGUUGGGCACAACUAGUCUACCCAAAGAGCGAUUGAACUGUAAGAUGAGAGAAGAGUGGGAAUAUCAGUCAACUUUUGAAAAGCUGCCAUAGACAUGGGCCAAAUGAUUCUCUCAAAAGCCAUUCAAUUAGCAUCAUAACUGGAGUCGGGAGAUAUCCCAGUCCAGAUGAAGGGUCUUGACCCAAGAUGUCGACUCUCUAUUUCCCUCCACAGAUGCUGCCUGUCCUGCUGAUUUCCUGCAGCAGUUUGUUUUUUGCUUGGGAGAUAUCCUGACAUACUUCCGGAGAAGGAACUGAGAAAAUAUGGGGAGUGGAUUUAUAGUGUGGUGAGAAGAAAAUCUCUGAAGCAGGUGAAGACUGAUGGCUGGAUCCCUUUAAGUUUUCAUGGAGUUUCGCAAGAAGGAGCCUUGAUAUUUGGAGCUGAGACUUCAGUCUGUGAUUUUGCAAGCAUGGCUCUGAUUUCCAUAGUGUGUAGUGAAGCCAGCACACCCUCGAUUGGUUCGGGAGCAAAUUGGUCCUGCAAGGAUUUUGAUUGUAAUUAACUGAUUUAAAGGAUAGUAUUGAUGUACUGCAUUUCUGUUACUAGGUGCAGAUAGAGCAAUGUACAUACAAUAGGAAUGCAUAUUGUUUAAGGAGCUGCCUUUAAUUUUAGAAAUGAACUUGCAUUUGUAUAGUGAUAUUAUCAUAAUAAAUAUUGAGGUGCUUCAUACAAGUAUUAUAGACAAUGUAACUGAGCCACAUAGGAUGUUGGGACAGGUGACCAAAAACUUGGUUGACAAAAUAGGUUUUAUGGCCUUUUUUAAAAGGAGGGAGAGGGAUAGAGAGGCAGACAGGUGCAGUGAAGGAAGUCUGGACGGCUGUAGGCAAGCCAUCAAGGAUGGAGUAAUGGAAAUUGGGGCUAAUAAAAAGGCCAGAAUUAAAGGAGGGCAAAGAUCUGUGUGUUAUAGGUCUGGGGGAAAGAGAUGGGGGGGAAAAAAAUAUUAAAAUACUUGAAUAUGCUCAGGCCACCCAGGUGUGCCCAGAAACCCCUACAUUGGACUCUGCAAACUUGCGAUCAGAUUUUAAAGUCCAAAUUGUCCACGAUCACAUUCAUGCAUGCACAAUUGAGACAGGAUGUUAAGUGAGGAUAGUGGAUGGUAAUUGUUCUGUAAAUGGGGAAGAGUAAAUAAUUAUCUGUGAUUUGCUUGUUUUAAACUCCAAGGCAUUGCAUUGUAUCAUUCAUUGAUUUGCCAUAUUUGUUGGUAUUUUUAUAGGAAAGUAAUUUCUUGGCAGGUGGGCUGGGUUUCGGUGAUGGAGAUGAAUGUUGCCUUGGUUCACAUUUUGGGUCCCACACUCUGCCCCUUAUCAAAGGGCAUGGGACUUGUUAGACUAAAAGCCCAGGGUCAAUGUCGUUUUCUGUCCACUAUCCCAGUGGUCAUGUGGUUAUACUCAGUGAUCAGUAUCCAUUUCGAAUACUUUGCUGAGAGGGAAGUGGAAGCAGUUCUAAAGCAGAAUUUGUUAUAGCCAUAUGUAGAUUCUUUGCAGGGAAAGAACAGGGUAGGGUCUGGAGAGGGAUUACACUGUAGCUCUUCUGAGAAUCUCAAAUUACUCCCAAAUGUUGUUUUCUGAAAGUGCUUUAAUGAAUCAACAGUUAAGUGCUUCCACCAUCUCCCGAGGGAGUCUCUUGCGAAGACCAAUACUCGUUUCUGUUUUAUAUCCACUGUGUUUCCAUUGAUCUUCCAGAUCUGUGGUUGCAUAACAGCUGCAAUGAAAGUGUUGGUAGGAAUACCACCUUAGUAGAAAAGGGUUGCCAUGGAAGAUUGAGUUGAGAAGAAACUUAUUUACUGGAGCGUUAUCCCAAGGGACUAUGGAUGUUCAGUCAAUGACUAUAUCCAAGGCUGCAAAGAAUAGAUUUUUGGCCACCAAGGGAUUGCUUACAGGGAUUGGGCAGGAAUGUGGAGUUGAUGUUGAUGGAGGAGGUGGUGGAGAGGGGCUCAAAAAGUUGAAUUUGCUUCUAUUUAUGAUUGUCCUUGGAUUAAGAUGUCAAGCCAAAACCCUAUCUGCUUGAUCAGAUGGAAUGUUAAAGAUCAGGUAGCAUUGCUCAGGGAGGAGCAGAGAGUGCUCCCUGUAUUCUAGGCAAAAUCUCUCAACUCAUUGCUCUCUCUGGGGUCCAAAAUGGUCGUCAGACUUCUCAGUUCAAUGCAAACAUCUGAGUCCAGAUGGAGGGUCUCAACCCAAAACACCUGCUGUCCAUUUCCCUCCAUAAAUGCUGCCUGACCCGCUGAGUUCCUCCAGUGUUUUGUGUGCACUUCCAAUUCUAGCAUCUGCAGUCUCUUGUGUCUCCGUCUUCUCAGUCCAAUGGUUGGUUGUGCUUCAAGUUAAUUUGCAUUACAUGCAGGCCUCGUAAUGAUUGAUCACUUGUAUGAAUUGCAUUUUGUAUAAAGUGCUAGUGACUUUCCUCUCUCACAUUGCACUCAGUAGGAGCUGGGUUGAAUCUCUGAGCUCUUUACACUUAAUACAUUUUUUUUGAAAUGCAUCAUGCCCAAGAGAGAAAAAGCACAUUACUUUAUGAGAAACAAUGUACUGGCAGCACUCAGCCAGUCAGGCAGCACCUGUGGCGAGAGAAGCAGAGUUGAUAUUUCAGGUCAGAUCCUUCUAACUGGAAAAGUGAGUAAAUGGGUAUAUUAAGUUGCAAAGUCUGGGAAAGGUGAAGAGAACAGAGGGAAUGUCUGUGUCAUUGUGUAGAUCAAGUUUGGCAAAGUAACGAUUAAAAACUAGCAGGAAAUGCACAGCUAGAUGUUUCUUUGUUUCUCCUUGUUUCAAACUAGCAGUUUAGAAGUAUGUAAUCUUGCCAACUUUUGCCUGCAUCCAGCAUGAAAUUCCCUCUGUUCUCUCCUUUUCCCCUGCACCCCCCCCCCCUUUACAUCUUAACAUAGCUAUUUUCUUUUUCUUCCCCCCAAUUCUAAUGAAAGGUCCUUGACUUGAAACAUCAACUCCUCUCCCUGCAGAUGCUACCUGAUCUGCUGAGCCUUGCAACAUUGUAUUUGUUUUGGAUUUCCAGCAUCUGCAGUUGUUUUGCUCCAAAGACCCAAUAGACUGGAUUCCAAACUGCUGACCCUGAGGAGGAAAGAUGACACUGAGCCCCUUUUUGUUCCAUUGCUUAAUAAUCUUCAAUAAUUAGGACAGUAUGGUUGAAGUUGUAGAGCUGAUGUGCUUGAAAAGUUUGUUAUUUCCUUCAAGAUGUAGAGAAAGCAAAUUUCUAUUUUGUUUUAAUAUUGCAAAACUUGUGGGAAGGAUUGGGGAUCAAUGUACAAGGAGAUGAGAUAAAUGGAACUGAAAUUCAAAUCAGGGAGCAUGGAAUAUAUAGCACAGAAAUGGGCUCCUGGCCCACCAUGUCAACACCAACCACCAAUUUACAGUAAUCGUACUUUAAUCCCAUUUUUAUUUUGUAUUCUCUCUACAUAAUCAACUCCCUCUCCACCAUAUUCUAUCACUCACCUACACCCCAGAGGCAAUGUAUAGUGUACAAUUAAUCUACCAUGUCUUUAGGAUGUGGGAGGAAACCAGAGCACCUGGAGGAAACCUAAACAAACUUUACUGUGUCAAACCACUGCUGCCCCUGCAUGUUUCAUGGUACAUUGAAGGGAGCACUGGUCUGUAUCUAAUCCCUACUGCAGGGUUUUUGAGAAAUAGUGCAGAAGGAGUUUUGUCUAACCAGUGCUGUCCCUGAAGUGCUUGAUUCUUCAUCAGGAAUACCAAACAGUGUAAACCAUCACAAAUUCUCAGGUGUUACCACAUACAGCUUUGUGCAGACCUUCCAGUGGCAUUAGUCUAUUCAAGUGGAGCAGAUCCCAAUAGGAUCAGAAAACUUCAAGAUUUUCACACCAGUCCCAAUUCACCAACUUGAAAUUUCUGUGACUCGUACUUCUGAAAAUGUACUGUGAUAUCUUUUAUUAACCCUGUGAAUUUACUUAGGUUUUGUGUCCUGUGGAAGAGACCUUCUUUAAAAAAAAAUUUUAGUUUUGAGGAAAACCAUUUAUAAAAAUACUAAUCUAGCCUGAAAGAAAUGUGAAGAUUUUGUUUGGAAAAUAAAAAUGCA